AUGACCACCUCCCACUGGGCGAGAGCCCUCUCCGCCCUCCCAGACAAAGAUCAGCGCAUGUUUCCCACGUCAGGCAUUGCAUCACCACCAGUCUCACAGACAUUGACCGACAUCAUCACUGCAAUCGAAAUGCAGCGCGAUCGUUGCAAACGCCACAAAUGGUCGACCACCACCAUCGGUGGCAAGGAGAUCAUCAUUCGUGAUUUUGCCAGUGUGGUCGAUAUCGUUGUUUCCUAUGACCCGGUCCAUGCGGCACUACCUUGGGCAGGAGUGCGCUUUGUGCUUCAGCUGUUCUUGAACGGAAUCGAAACUUUCGGUGCUAUUGUGGAGGGGCUCGAGACGUCUGUGAGGGUCAUUGCGCGGGGUGGAAUACUCGAAGGUUCAUAUUAUCAGAAGAACUCUGCGCUGAGUGAAGCAAGACAGGCCUUGCAAGAUGAAAUCGUCAAGUGCUAUACAGCGGUCUUGAAAUUUUUGUCUCUGGCGAGGAAAUAUCAUCAGUGCUCGCGAACGAAACGUGCGGUUACCUUUAUGUCCAAAGACGAUUUUAGACACUGCACCAAGGACAUAAAGAGUGCCGAGCAGCAAUUUCUGAUACAGGAGGGGCUCGCUGAUAGCGAAGAUCUAGGUAAUAUCGAGACACACGUUUUGCACAUCAUCCUUAUAGCUACAUCAACGGCGGACCAGGUCAAUGAUAUGAAAGCAAAACUAGAAAAAGCCCUCCUGGACCUUGAUAAGCCAGUAACACGAGUUGUGGAUCAAGUUUCCGACCUUCAUCGAGCUUUGAAAGACAACGAGAGGGACCAAACCCUGAGCUGGAUAUCAGAUGUCCCGGCUCAGAAACAUUAUCGUGAGGCAUCAGCAUCGCUGAUGCCAGGCUCUGGAGAAUGGCUUUUCCGUCACCCUGAAUUCCAGGCAUGGAGCAAUUCUAGUAGCUCUGAGGUGCUUUGGUUGCAUGGAACACCCGGCUGCGGAAAGUCCAAGAUCGCUGCUGCUGUCAUACAGCAUUUACGCCUUCAAGCUGGUAAAGUACAGCAUUCCCUGCCGAUAAUACACUUUUUAUGCUCGAGAAACCCGGCGGAACCAGAGCGUGGCGAUGCUCGGGAGGUACUCCGAUCAAUCAUAAAGCAGCUUUCUCUAACCACCAGCAACGACCUGAUGAGGACUCCAGUCGUCGAGGAGUAUCGGAAACGCCUUCAAGAAGCAAACUACUAUGGUGAAGAGCCAGCUGCUUUGUCUGUAGAAAGGUGUACCGAGCUUUUGUGUGAGCUUGGCCAGUCAGCCCCAGUCAUGCUAAUUAUCGAUGCUCUUGAUGAAUGUGAUUCACAGCAGCGUAUAAUACUGCAGCAAUCUCUCGAAGAAAUGCGUCAGAGCUGUCGCGAUCUGGUCAAAAUAUUUAUCUCCAGUCGAUACGAAGAGGAUAUUGCUACUGGAUUCAGACAGAAACGGACUCUUUGUGUGACACCGCAAGACACUGAAGGUGAUCUCAAACACUUCAUUGAUCUCCGUGUGAGCAAAUUUGUGUCAAGAUGGGCCGAUCUACACAGCGAGGCAAGCGAUAGACUACAACAGCUGGAGAAGGACCUGAAAGAGACACUUAUUACUGGAGCACAAGGAAUGCUCGCUCAUCCGACGGUUCGAAAAUAUCUCGAAUCCGUUGAGAUCUAUCGCGAUAAAGAAGUGUGCUAUAGCAUGGCCCUGAGGUGCCUGGGUGCAUAUCUGGGCGAAGAUUGUGGUGAAAAUGGAUUUCUCAAAUACGCUACAAACUAUUGGCCAUCUCAUGUGGAGGACCUUGGGUGUGCACCCCAAAGAGCCAAAGUUGUUCCUCGUCUCACAGAAUUCUUUACAAAAGAAGAGCACUUUGAUGACUGGCUGGACAAUUUCGAGCUACAGCAGAGAGAAGGCAGUUCUAGGUAG